ACACCAAACAAGUAGGUCUGUUUCCAAAAAAAAAAAAUCGAAAAUGAAAAAGAAGCCGACGGACUCAAUGCAUCUAGGAUUUGGUUAUAUUCCAGUUCAGCUGGAGUUGGUGGUAUUGGCGGUUCGUUGGUUUUCGGGGAGAGACAUGCCCGAAAAGUUCGUGAAUUUGCAUGAAGAACUUGACAAAGUUAUUCUGGAGACUGCCCAAAUUGCAGAUAAGAUGGGUCUCGCUGUCUGCAUGUCGGAUGAGCCGGCUCGUAAGGCUUUCAUUGGAGCACCACCACAAUUUAGGAGAUACUCCCAGCAAGUCAAAGAAGAAGGUGGAAGUAAAGUAGGUCUUUUUUUCUUGGGGUCAUUUGCAGGUAGCUUGGUCUAUAUGUUCUGGGGGAUUCGGCAACAGGCUAAGAUUGAUAAGUUCCAUGCUGACUUGAAUGUUGACAUGUGCGUGGAGACUUAUUGGCAAUUCCACAAUCUUGGAAAGCGAAAGCAAAGUCCAAAUGAGUGAAGCGGACGGCCUGCAUUGGGUUGGUUGAUAUUUGUUUACUAAAAGUUUCCUACUGGUUUUUGUAUUUAGACGCACUUGGUUAUUGUAAUCACUGACAUGUCUUAGUUAAUGUGAUGCAAGAUAGUAAGU